AUGAAAAAGCACAGGAUCAUGCACACAGAAGAAAGACCUUUUGAGUGCAACAAGUGUGGCAGAAAAUUUAAGGAAUCUGAAGCUAUAAUACGGCACAUGCUACUGCAUUCGGGUGAUCGACCUCAUGCAUGUCCAAAGUGUGGGAUGAGAUUCAGUAAACCUGGAAAUAUGAAGUCUCACCUCUUAGUGCAUUCGGGUGAUCGACCUCACGAGUGUCCUGAGUGUGGAAAGAAAUUAUGUAAGCUUCGAAGUUUGAAAAAGCACAGGAUGAUGCAUACAGAUGAAAGACCUUUUGAGUGUACCGAGUGUGGCAAAAAUUUUAGGAACCGCGAAGCUAUAAUACAGCACAUGUUAGUGCAUUCAGUUGAUCGAUCUCAUGAGUGUCCAGAGUGUGGGAAGAAAUUCAAUCAUCUUGGACAUAUGAAGGACCAUUUGUUAGUGCAUUUAGGCAUCAAACCUCACCAGUGUCCAGAGUGUCCGAAGAGAUUUAGACGUAAUAGACAUUUGAAGAUACACAUGUUUAUGCAUUCAGGUGAUCAACCUUACAAAUGUCCAGAGUGUGGGAAGAAAUUUAGUUAUCUUAGAAGUUUGAAGAGACACAAGAUGAAACAUUCAGGUGAUAAGGUAAACACUUUGAGUGUGUGA